AUGGUUCCUCCUCCUUAUGAUCCAAUAUUGCUACGUGAGCAUGCUUAUUACGAUACAGGGGAUUUAACUGUGGUGCUGGACCCGGAUACGUUUUACCAAAAUGGUCUAAAGAGCUCUGCUAGAUACGGACUGGGGUUCUUGAAUUAUAACUUUGGGCUAAGAGAUGAAAUCUAUGAGAAAUCGUUCUGGAUGCUUGUUCGAAUUCAUGUCUACACACACUUCACUUUCUAUUUGACUCUAUUCACAGGUCUGUUGUUUGCAUGGGUAUACAUGAACUUUCUGAGAGGGAAUACACAAAAUUUGAAACAAUUACUGUUUGGGAAACGCAAACAGCAAGCCAUUUGGAAGUACAAGUCGAUUAAGAAUAAAAAUGAGCUGUUGCACGAUGGUGAUCUAGAGUACCAGCAUGUCAAGGAUUGA